UUGAUCAUAUUUAAUGAUGAUAUUAACUCACUCUCAAUUUUCUUUUUCUUCUUCUCUGAUAUAUUUCACAAUGAUCCGUUGAUAGACAAUGAUGGGAACUGAAUCUGAACCGGGGAUUAUUCCGAGGGCAGUAGACGAAGUGUUUGCAUAUAUCAAGAUGGCAAUGAACAAUGAAUUCUUAUUACGUGUUUCUUAUUUGGAAAUUUAUAAUGAAACUAUACGUGAUUUGCUUGCUCCAGAAAAUGACAAUCUCAAGAUACAUGAGAACAAACAGCGUGGUAUAUAUGUGGCUCCUGUAACAGAAGAAGUAGUGACCUGUGCCCAAGACGUUCUCAAUGUGAUACAUCGCGGGGAAGGCAAUCGUCAUAUUAGCACUACAGAUUACAACUUACACAGUAGUCGAAGUCAUACUAUCUUUCAAAUGGUGAUUGAAAGUCGGCAACGUUCGAAUGAUAGUACAACAUUAUCCACAAGACUGGCUCCACAACAAUCACGAACUCUUUUACAUCCUAGUCAACGAAAAGAAUCUGUCAAGAUUUCACAAUUGAAUUUAAUUGACUUGGCUGGAUCAGAAAAGGCGGCUUCGAAUCAAGAUCGUCGAAAGGAAGGUGCAUUUAUCAACAAAAGUUUACUUACUUUGGGAACAGUGAUUUCGAAAUUGACCGAAGUAGGGAAAAGUACUGGUCAUAUACCUUACCGAGAUUCCAAACUGACAAGAAUUCUACAAUCAUCUUUAUCUGGUCAUGCAAAAGUAGUAGUCAUUUGUACUAUUAGUCCGUAUACCUUGGCUGUGGAUGAAUCCAUCAAUACUUUGAAAUUUGCUACCCGGGUCAAGAAGAUUGUUACAGCAGCCAAAAACGAUGCGGUUUUGGAUGAUAAGGCUUUAUUACAACAAUAUCGAGGGGAAAUUGUGGAUUUGAAGAUCAAGUUGCAAACGGCGAAUGAUGUGUUAUUACAAGAGCAAAAACAGAAUCAAUCCAUGCUGACAGCAGAACGACAACAGGUACCUAAAUAAAUAAAAAAAAAGAGAGAUUGUCUUCAAAUAGAAUAGAUAG